GACCCCACUCCUUUCAUUCUGUCGCUCGCUGGUCGGGGUCAAUCACCGGUGGCCGGCGCCCGGCGAGUGUUUUGUUUCUUAUAUGAGACGGGAGGGCAUGUAACUGUAAUUGGCCUUUAUAUAUCUGGAUGUCGAUAUCCUGUUAGCCUGCGCGGGUAUAUUGCUUGACACAUUUCCAGCAACCCCUGAGCGUCACCACCGACCAGCUUUGGCCUGUUUCUUCGGCUGCUCCCCACAUCAGCAGCCAUGGUGGGUGCCGUGAUCGAGAACGUAAGCGGCCGCAAGCUGGCGACGCUGUGCGUGGCGCUGCUGCUGCCGCUGCUGCUCUGUUUCCUGCUGGGCGGCCUGCUGGCGCCAGCGCCGUCCACCUCGCAGAGCGUGUUGGGUACCAAGUGCAUCGACCGCGACCAGCAGCCGCACCGCUGGUUCCAAGUCUGGGGCAUCCCAUCCCAGCAUAAGCGCUGCGAGAAGGUCGACUCCAUCGAGGAGCUGAUGGGCACAGGCAUCUCGUCCGAACAGGUGGUGUUCGCCUUCCAGAUGCCUCUGCGCAAGGGCCAGAUGCUGGACUUCACGCGCUGGCAGCAGAACCUCAUAGGCGUGCUGCAGCUGGACAUAGCUCACGACGUCCGGUAUGAGCCGGCCCCCAACGCCACGCUCACGCUGGACGUGCGCCUCGGUUAUAAGAACAAGGGCGACAAGACGGAGGACUGGAGCGAGCUGGCUGCUUCGGUGGAGGAGCGCCACCUGGACUGCGAGCUGGAUCCGGAGCACAAGUACCAGUACAGCUGCCAGCUGGUGCCGCUCUUCGAGCUGGGCUCGCUGCACCACGACUACUACCUGCUCAAUCUGCGCAUGCCCACCGACGUGUAUACCGGCCGUAACGCCGACAUUGGCAAGCUGGUCGACGUCCACUUGGUGGCCAUCUUCCAGAACGGCGGCUUCACCAAGGUGUGGGUAGCCAUGAAGACGGCCUUUUUCCCGCUGGUGGUGCUGCUGCUGAUCUGGUUCUGGCGGCGCGUGCAGGCGGUGCCGCGCGAGCCGGCGCUCAUUGAAUGCCUCUUGCUGACGCUAGGCGUGGCGCUGAGCGUACUCAACCUACCGCUGGAGUUCCUGACGCUGCGGUUCGACAUGCCGUACAUGCUGCUCAUCACCGACAUCCGGCAGGGCGUGUUCUACGCGGUGCUGCUCUCGUUCUGGCUGGUGUUCGCCGGUGAACACCUGCUGGUGUCGGACGACUGCGACCGCAACCGUCUGGCCGCCUACUGGAAGCACCUGUCGGCCGUCGCCUGCGGCUGCCUCUCCCUCUUCAUCUUCGACAUGUGCGAGCGCGGCGUACAGCUGACCAACCCGUUCUAUUCGAUCUGGGGCACCAAGGUGGGUACCAACUUGGCGCUCAGCUUCAUCGUCAUGGCCGGCGUGUCGGCCGGCCUCUACUUCUGCUUCCUCUGCUGGAUGAUCUGGCGUGUGUUCUGCAACAUCAGCAUCAAGCGCCAGGCGCUGCCGGCCAUGUCGUCGGUGCGCCGGCUUCACUACGAGGGUAUCAUCUACCGCUUCAAGUUCCUGAUGCUAGCUACGCUGGCCUGCGCCGCCAUGACAGUGAUCGGGUUCAUCCUGGGCCAGGUGGCCGAGGGCUCCUGGAAAUGGGACAGGGACAUCUCGCUCGAGUACACGUCGGCCAUCUUGACCGGCGUGUACGGCAUGUGGAACGUCUACACGAUGGCCGUCAUCUGCCUGUACGCGCCGUCGCACAAGCGCUGGCCGGCGGCCUCGGCCUCGGCUGCAGGUCACGCGGCCGACAGCCAGUCAGAGGAGAUCGAGUUCUCGCGCCUGGCGCCGGCCAACGAUGAACCCACCGACUUCACCUCGCUCACCCAGUUCGUCCGCAAGGCCGCCACCGACUAGAGCGCGGGGAGGGCGGCUGACGGCGUCGCCGGCACGGGCGGCUGGGGCCGCUCGGGCCCACGAGACGCCGCGCCGGACGUGAUGGGUGUCGAUGGAUGUGUGGUGAACAUCCUGGGUCUUUUGCGCUGACUCGGUCUCACUUAAGCGUUAUUCGGUGCAGUCGCCUCUGUUUAAGAUUGACGCCCUUUUCGCCAUGUUUCCUCAGAAUCUCAUGCCCAAUCUCCUGUCUCAAUCUCAAUCUCUCAAUCUCAGAAUCUCGUGCUCAGAAUCUUGUGCUCGAAAACGGCAGUGUCAACGUCAGAAUGCCACUGGAGUUUAAUCUCAUUCCUGAACAUACGUGCAAAUGAUAGUGAUCGGUUGCCCGGGUUUCGACUUUCGAAGCGCAUACGUGUGUAGGCUUCCACGAAAACUGUGACACUUGGUAUGUGUGCAUUAGUGACAGUCCCUAACAUUAUGACUUACCCCGGGGCGCAUGACUGCUGGACUGCCCGGUAUUGCGAUUUUCUCACCGAGAGCGCAUUUUGUUCACCGUUGCUACGCCAGCUGCACCAGCCUGUGGAAUUUGUCGAUAAGUUUUCUUUUGUUCUGCGUUUAUAGAAAACUAAAACUCUGGUAUCGUUCUAGAGGUAACCCGUGAAAGACCAGUGCGAUUGUGGUUUUUAAAGAGUUAAACCACACUUAGCGUACGUUUCCGAUAAAAUCAGAAUGCUAACAAUGUCCCAGUGUCCAAGACAUGACUUCCCAGUCACGUAUUAGCCAGUUUUCUCUUGAUGUGCUUAGCUUGAGCCCGGGCAUUUCUGUAAGGGCCAUAGGCGUUUCCCUGUGCGCGUUAAGCUAGUGCCGAGUGUAUUGAUUGCGCGCGGGUGAAAUUGUCCGUGAAUGGCUACUAGUGCUGUGAAUAGCUACGCACGUCCGAGCUGUGGCCAGUCUUUACCAAAUUUAGGCCGGCGGCAUUUUCUGUCGGCGUUCUCGCGACCGUCGUGAUCUAUGGUUGUAGUAGUUUUGGUGUGAGAACGGCUGCCAUCGCGACCCUCGCUGCUGUUCGUACGAUGCGUCUCCAUUCACCCAUUGAUGUCCAUUCUACCAUUGAAACCAUCUUGCCGCUUCGGGUAGUGUUUCCAAUAUAACAGUACUGUUGUGUA